AUGUCUAGCCUCGUCGAGUCCACUAUCGUAGUCGAGUGUCUGACUUAUCAUCAUGUUCCUAAUGAACCCCCUUCCUUGGAUAACAUCACUUUUCAUCUCCGACCUGGAUCUCGAACAAUCUUGGUUGGCGCCAAUGGAGGCAAGUCCGGAAAAUCUACCCUCCUGCAGAUCUUGGCGGGUAAAAGACUAGUAAAAGAUGCUGAGAUACGUAUCAAAGGCCUAGAUGUCUUCAGAGAUUCCCCGCCUGGCGUUACCUUCCUAGGCACGGAGUGGGCAAUGAAUCCAGUAGUACGGAGUGAUAUUGUGGUAUCCACCUUCUUGGACUCCGUGGGAGGAUAUAAAUACAAGGAAAGGAGAGACAAACUUCUAGACAUUCUAGAUGUGGACUUAGACUGGCAUAUGCAUGCAAUUUCCGAUGGAGAACGUCGCCGCAUUCAGCUUUGCAUGGGCCUCAUGGCACCAUGGGAUGUUCUUCUCUUAGAUGAAGUCACUGUUGACCUUGACGUCAUGGUUCGUGAUGAAUUACUUACAUUCCUUCGAAACGACAGUAUCGCCCGUGGAGCUACCAUUAUUUAUGCAACGCAUAUUUUUGACGGACUCAAUUCAUUCCCUACUCACGUCGCCCACAUGCGUUUCGGUUCCUUUGCCACAGAGCCUACUGCAUGGCCAUCAGGCUUUACCAACGGUCCUCAGACCCCCACAUUAUACAAUACUGCUCUGCAGUGGCUUAGAGAGGACCGCGAAUACCGCCGAGAACUCGAGAAACAGGGGCGAAAAAGUCGCGGUGCGAGAAAUGAGACUGUCCCUUCAGACUCUGAGACGUUCUACAAGAAGUGGGUGUGA